AUGGUGUGUGGUCCUCUGUCCACACCCCCAGCUCACAAUCUUGUUGCAGACGCCCCCAGAGACCUUGUUAUCAGCAUUUCGCGGGACAACACGUCAGCCCUGAAACCCCAGGAAAAUCUCACACAUCUGGAAGCCCAGAAAGGCCAGUUCCUGCGGCUCCUCUGUGCUGCUGACAGCCAGCCCCCCGCCACGCUCAGCUGGGUCCUGCAGGACAGAGUCCUCUCCUUAUCCCACCCCUGGGGCCCCAGACCCCUGGGGCUGGAGCUGCCCGGGGUGAAGGCCGGGGAUUCAGGGCGCUACACCUGCCGAGCGGAGAACAGGCUUGGCUCCCAGCAGCGAGCCCUGGACCUCUCUGUGCAGUAUCCUCCGGAGAACCUGACAGUGACGGUUUCCCAAGCAAACAGGACAGUCCUGGAAAACCUCGGGAACGGCACGUCCCUCCCGGUCCUGGAGGGCCAAAGCCUGCGCCUGGUCUGUGUCACCCACAGCAGCCCCCCAGCCAGGCUGAGCUGGACCCAGGGGGGACAGAUUCUGAGCCCCUCCCAGCCCUCAGACCCCGGGGUCCUGGAGCUGCCUCGGAUUCAAAUGGAGCAUGAAGGAGAGUUCACCUGCCACGCUCAGCACCCGCUGGGCUCCCAGCACGUCUCUCUCAGCCUCUCCGUGCACUACCCCCCACAGCUGCUGGGCCCCUCCUGCUCCUGGGAGGCUGAGGGUCUGCAUUGCAGCUGCUCCUCCCAAGCCAGCCCAGCCCCCUCUCUGCGUUGGUGGCUUGGGGAGGAGCUGCUGGAGGGGAACAGCAGCCAGGACCCCUUUGAGGUCACCCUCAGCUCAGUCGGGCCCUGGGCCAACAGCUCCCUGAGCCUCCAUGGAGGGCUCAGCUCCGGCCUCAGGCUCAGCUGUGAGGCCUGGAACGUCCACGGGGCCCGGAGUGGCUCCAUCUUCCAGCUGCCACCAGGGAAGCUGGAGCAUGGGGGAGGAGUUGGCCUGGGAGCUGCCCUGGGAGCUGGUGUCGCUGCCCUGCUCGCUCUCUGUUCCUGCCUCCUCAUCUUCAGGGUAAAGACCUGCAGGAAGGAAGCUCGCAAGAGGGCAGCAGCGGAGCAGGACGUGCCCUCCACCCUGGGGCCCAUCUCCCAGGGUCACCAGCAUGAACGCUCGGCAGGCAGCUGCCAAGACCACCUGCCCCCAGGUGCAGCCACCCCCACCCCAGGGCAGGGGGAAGAGCGGGAGCUCUACUACGCCUCCCUCAGCUUCCAGGGGCUGAGGCUCCGGGAGCCUGCGGACCAGGAGGCCCCCAGCAGCACCGAGUACUCAGAGAUCAAGAUCCACAAGGGACAGCCCCCGAGGGGCCUGGGCUUUGGGCUUCAGUUGGAGAGGGAGACGUCAGGGAUGGUUCCAAAGUGAAGAGUUCUCCAUGGAAACAGGACACCAGCAAGUGCGUGGGAGUCAUAUUGGUGUGACGGCCAGAACUGGACUCAGAUUUCAGCCCCAUCCCCAGUGAAGAGCUUGAGUUUGAAGAGUAUACUCUUUUUUGAGACGGUCUCACUCUGUCCCCCAGGCUGGAGUGCAGUGGUGCAGUCUCAGCUCACUGUAGCCUCAACCUGCCAGAUUGAAGUGAUCCUCCUAUUUCAGCCUCCCAAGUACCUGGGACUACAAUUGUGAGCCACCACGCCAGGCUCAUUUUUGUAUUUUUAGUAGAGACAGGGUUUCGCUGUGUUUCCCAGGUUGGUCUUGAACUCCUGGGCUCAAGCAAUGUGCCUGCCUCUGCCUACCAAAGUGCUGGGAUUACAGACGUGAGCCACCGUACCUGGCUGAAGAUUACACUUUCCAUUCAGAGCGAGUUUGAAGAUGACACUUUUGAGGCAUCGCAUCUAUGGUUCAUUACUACAGAAGCUUCUCUGGAUGUGUAAAGCACAGGAAACCAGGCAGAGGAGGCACAGGGCGCUCUCCAGAACGAGAAGCCAGCUCCUGGGGUUGCUUUGAUGCAACCGUCAUUCCACAUUGACAACCAUUCUCCUCCUUCAGAAGAGGGAGAGUGAGAGAACCAAGUCCGAGUGGUCCCCAUUUUAACAUUAAAAAAAAAAAAA